AUGAAUUUGCCACCUGGGCAGUCUAAAUCCUCUAAUCGAUAUGGCCGUCGUAAAUCUGACAGAGAAGGUGCAGCUAAGUCAGAGAAUAAGAUACCAUCUGAAAAAUUAAAUGCCAACAGAUUGGCAAGUACAGGUGUGAUUACUGACACUAAAGACGGUAGUUAUGAAAGUCCUUCACAUGACCGACUGGUAUAUCUAACAACAUGCCUAAUUGGGCAGCAGGUGGAAGUCCAGGUGAAAAAUGGGUCUAUAUACUCUGGAAUAUUUCAUGCAACAAAUACAGACAAAGAUUUUGGAAUCAUUUUGAAAAUGGCUCGCCUGACAAAGGAUGCUUCUUCCCAAAGGCAGAAGCCUGCUGCAGAAUUUAUCGGCAAGGCUCCUUCAAAGAUUUUAAUUAUACCUGCCAAAGAACUUGUGCAAAUUAUAGCACAGGGUGUUGCUGUUACUAGAGAUGGCCUACCUAGUGAACCACACCAUGAUAGAUAUCAGGAAAUCAUGGUUGAUUCAUUGAUAUCUCAAUCUCAUCAUGCUGAGCUGGGAAGAGAACUAAAACCCUGGGUACCUGAUGGAGAUGAUCUACAAUGCCCUGAACUGGAAAAUAUCUUUGAUGGCCAGUGGAACAGGGGAUGGGAUCAGUUUGAAACAAAUAAGGCAUUGUUCGGGAUAAAAAGCACAUUCAAUGAGGAACUGUAUACAACAAAGCUUGAAAAAGGGCCACAGACAAGAGAACUAGAAGUGCAGGCUUUAAGAAUAGCAAGGGAAAUCGAGGGUGAGGAAACUCGAGAUCUUCAUCUUGCUGAGGAAAGAGGUCUUCACUUUGAUGAAGACUUUGAUAUUGACGAAGAAACAAGAUUCUCUUCGGUCUAUAGGGGUAAACAUGAUGAUACAUAUGAGGAAAAUGAAGACAUACUGAUGGAUUCACACAAUUCUGAGACUUUUUGUGGUAUAUUCUGUUUGGUCAAUGAGAGGUCUGGUGAAGUAAAUCGUGGGGAAGGCAAUGAUGGAGCUCAUACAUUGGCUACUUCCUCUCCCAUGGAUCACCCACAGUCAUCUCAGUCAAGUGCUGGUGUAGAUUUAAGUAGCACUUGUGCUUAUUAUCAUGCUAAGCAGUUUGAGUCUGCAAUCCCUUCCAAAAGCUACUCAUCUUCGGAUGGGGAAAGCAGGUUUCAGCAGAACUCAAUUCAAAAUCUAUGUGGAACCGGUGCUAACACCAAGGAAGAAAAUCUUAUACAAUGUGAGGAUGUUCAACUGUCUGAAUACGAGGAUUCACAGUCAUCACUCUACUUAAAGAAGGAUUUAUCUCCUUAUGCCAGCUACUAUGCCCCAUUAUCUCAUAUAUUAACAAAAUCUCACGAGAAGAUGGGAUCCCCCGGGGGUUUAGCAUAUAACAAAGCUAAUGGGGGAACAGAGUAUAUAAAUUCACACGGGGUUGGUGCGUCAUCUGGGUCAGAUUCUGUGAGAGGUGUGGCAGCAUCUUCUGGUCCUGGUUUAUCUCCAAGUUCGUCUGUUGGUUCACUGUCUUCUGAAAAAUUGUCUUUGAAUCCCAAUGCAAAGGAAUUCAAGCCCAACCCUAAUGCAAAGAGUUUUAUUCCAUCACCUGCUCGUCCUUCCACUCCAGUGUCUGAUGGUUCCUUCUAUUUUCAACCUAAUGUAACUAGUGUACCAAAUAUGCCAGGCCUGCCCGUGAGUAUUGGGGCUGGACCCACUUUUACCGGACAACAACCUAUCAUAUAUAAUCCACAAGUAUCCCAAAUGCCAACUCAAGCAUAUUUUCAUCCAAAUGCACCACUGUACGGACAGCUUCUUGGUCAUCCUACACAAGCUUUAUACAUGCCGAGUUACUUACCUGAAAUGCCAUACAAUGGACGUGAUUACUGA